UCUGGCGGGGCCUUCGUCUCUCUCUUUGCAGCACUACUGGGUCUUCUGUGCUCGGCGUGCUCGGCGCUGGGAAGCCCGGGUGGCCGCCACAGCCUCUUGCCCUUUGACCUGCAAGUAUCAGGAGAUCCAUAGCCAAGAAGCCUGGACACCCGGGAAGCUGGGAAAUGGUGUGAUUUGUCCAGAUAAUCUCACCUGAGAAGGAAUCCCAGAGAAGAAGGAAGAAGAGGAAGAAAUGGCUGGUUCUCAGGGACUGUUGAUAUUCAGGGAUGUGGCCAUAGAAUUCUCUCCGGAGGAGUGGAGCUAUCUGGACCCGGCUCAGCAGAAUCUGUAUAGGGACGUGAUGUUAGAAAACUACAGAAACCUGGUCUCUCUGGGUAUUGCUGUCUCUAAGCCAGACCUGAUCACCUGUCUAGAGCAAAGGAAUGAGCCGUGGAAUGUGAAGAAACAUGAGACAAUAGGCAGACACCCAGCUGUUUCUUCUCAUUUCACCCAAGACCUCUUGCCAGAGCAUGGUAUAAAAGAUUCAUUUCAAAAAGUGAUACUGGGAAGAUAUGGAAGCUGUGGCACUGAGAAUUUAGACUUAAAGAAAGAUUGGGAAAGGGUGGGUGAAUCUAAGGUGCAGAAAGAAUGUUAUAAUGGACUUAACCAAUCUUUAUCAACUACCCAUACCAAAAUCUUUCAAUUUAAUAAAUGCAUGAACGUCUUUAGUAAACCGUCAAAUCUAAAUAGACAGAAGAUAAGACAUACUGGAGAGAGAUCUUCCAACUGUAAAGAAUGUGACAGUUCCUUUUACAUAUCCUCAAUUCUAACUCCACUUCAGAGAAUCCACACUGCAGAGAAAUCCUACAAGUGUAGACAAUGUGGGGAAGCCUUCAAGCACUGCUCAUGCUUUAUUGAACAUAAGACAGUUCAUAAUGAAGAGAAACAUUUCAAAUGUAAAGAAUGUGGCAAAGUCUUUAAAUCCUUCACAAACCUUUCUAAUCACAUUAUAAUUCAUACUGGAGAGAAACUCUAUAAAUGUGAAGAAUGUGGCAAAGCUUUUAACCACAGUUCAAACCAUGCCAAACAUAAGAAAAUUCACACUGGAGAGAAACCCCAUAAAUGUGAAGAAUGUGGCAAAGCCUUUAACUGGUUCUCAUACCUAACUCUACAUAAAAGAAUUCAUACUGGAGAGAAACCCUACAAAUGUGAUGAAUGUGGCAAAGCCUUUAACCAGUGUUCAAACCUCACUAAACAUAAGAGAAUUCAUACUGGAGAGAAACCCUACAAAUGUGAAGAAUGUGGCAAAGCUUUUAACCGGUGCUCACACCUUACUGAACAUAAAAGAAUUCAUACUGGAGAGAAGCCCUAUAAAUGUGAAGAAUGUGGUAAAGUCUUUAUAUCUUGUUCAAGCCUUUCAAACCAUAAGAGAAUUCAUGCAAGAGAGAAAUGCAACAAAUCUGAAGAAUGUGGCAAAACCUUUAACCACUGCUCAGACCUUAAUGAACAUGAGAAAAUUCAUACCUGAGAAAAAUCCUACAAAUGUAAAAAAUGUGGCAAAGCCUUUAAUACCUGUUCAUGUCUUACUCAGGAUCAGAGUUCAUGUUGAACUAAAGAAUUAUAAAUAUAAUGACUGUCAAAACACCUUUCACAGAAAAAAAUAAUUUUACCACAGAUUAAUUUGUUCAUUAAUGAAACUUUAAUUCUCCGUCUUUUUUUUUUUUUUGGUCUACAUAAAUCUAUCCUUAUGCCAGUACUAUAUUGUUUAAUUACUGUAACAUUGUAGUAAGAGUUUAUAUCAGGAGUGUAAGUUACUGAAUUUUGUUAUCGUUUUUCAGAAUUCUUGUGUGUUUAAUUUUCUUUACAUGUUUAUAUGGAUUUUAGGAAGAGCUUGUCAAUUUCUAUUAAAGAAAAGCUACAUUGGAAUUUGCA